AACACAACAAAACAAUAACCAACAAAGAUGAUGCACUCAACAGGCACCACCAACACCAACUUUGUUCGUAAAGAUUUAAUCAGUAGAAAUAAUAUUUACUACCUCGUUACUGAUGUUCUGAAACAUGAAGAAUUAGGAAUGAAUGAUGUAAUAACAAAAUAUAAUAUGAGAACCGUCAUUUCAACUAAUUAUGCUGCUGAUCCAUUGUGGGCCAAACUUCAAACCUAUGAUCCUAGUACACAUGAACCAAUCCCAAGAAAUACUACACCAUUGGUUGAUCACUCCUCUACAUCGAGUUCUGUUGAAUCAUAUUCACCUCAACCUCGACAAGAAAUCCCUUCACAACCAACUACCAUUUCAACAACACGUGUUGAAACCAUCCCAACUUCUCACAUUCCAACAACAAUAACCACAUCUACCACCCAACCACAACAAAUUCCACCACAACCAACUACACCUACCCCAAUCGUAUCGAUACCUUCCAUUGCUAAUGCCCAUCUCUCUCCACAAGUAUCUUCCUCCACUCCUCAUAUUGCCAAGAGCUUUAGAAGUCCACCACCAUCAGACUACUUUGUUAAUAAUGCUGCUAAUUUAAGUUAUCUUUCCAUUUCACAAUAUUUCAAAUUACCUUUACAUGAAGCAUGCGUUGCUUUAAGAGUUGAUGAAUCAUCACUGAAGAAGAGAUGUAGAGAAUUAGGUAUUAGAAGAUGGCCAUAUAGAAAGAGAUGUAAUAUUACUUCUGGUAAAAAUACACAAGCACAACAAGUUGAAGAAUCAUCAGCAAGUGGUGAUCAAUUAUUCUCUUGUUUCCAAUUGAAUAAGGGUAAAUCACCAGUUGCUCAAAAGAUGAAGAGUGAAGAAGCUUUGGCACUUGAAGCUUUGGAUAAAUUGCACAAUGUUAACAGAUCUGCUUCCAAUACUACAACAACUACUACACCUGUUCCAAGCACAACUAGUUCAACCUCAGCUCCAACAACAACAAGUACAACUGUCCAACAACAACCAACUACUCAUGGAGUUGUUGCUCAUCAACCUCCAAGACCAGUUCCACAACCAACAACAGGUACUGCUUAUUCAUAUCCUCCAUAUCCUCCACACCCAGGUUAUCCUCAUAUGUAUCCACCACAUCCAGGUUAUCAUUAUCCAUAUGGUGUUCCUCCACCAACACAUGAUGGUUCACAACCUGUUCCAUAUCCAAUGUAUUAUCCACCUCAAACUUCUGUUCCACCACCAGGUGCUUAUCCACCUCAACCAACAGAAUCUAAAGAUGGACAACCUCAACAACCACCUUAUGUUCCUCCUUACUAUUAUGAUUACAGAUAUUCAUAUCCACAAUCUGGUACUGUUCCACCUUAUCCAUAUCCUCCUCAACCUGGUUAUUCAUACCCACCACAUCCAGAUCAAGCUACAUACCCAUAUCCACCUCACGGAUAUCCAAUGGCUUAUCCUCCACAUCAAAUGGGUUAUCCUCCACAACCAGUGCCACCACAACAAAAGCUUCAAUCAACACCUGUUAUUGUUUCAACCUCUCCUGCAGAAUCUCAACCUGUUACUGGUACUCCUUGUAGAACUGUAAGUAGCUCUACAAGUACUGGUGAACAAACACCAAUCACUCCUGUUGGAUCUCCUCAAACUAAGAUGGUUUACCAAAGGGAAACCAAAGUUCUCCAUCCAGUUAGAUAUAAACCACCAUCUCCAACAGAAACAACAGCUGAAAUUGUUGCCAAGAUUAAGAGAGAAAGGUUAGAAGAACAAGAAGAAGCUGCAAAGAAGGUUAGAAGAGAUAUUCAAAUUGCUAACCCAACCUGUAGUAAGCCUGUAUCAUCCCAAACUGUACAAAAUGGUGCUUCUAUUAAAGUAGCAGAGAAAUAACAAAAAAAUAAAAAUAUAUAAAAAUUAUUUAUUC